CAUACACUUCCGCCCGCAGCGUGUGUGGAACGUGGUGACGUCAUGCACCGUGACGCCAGGCGGGGACCGAGCCGGGGAUACCGGAGGCCUACUGUAUACUGAACAUCUCACACGAUCCUGCCACCCUCUGCGAUGCCGAAGCUUUCUGAUCAGAGCCCAUCCCCUGAGGGCUAAGUAUGAAGAUCUCCUACUUGGGCUUCAAUAAGAUCUGCUUCCUUCUGUCUGUGUUUGUAUGCACUGCCAUCCUUCUACUGCUUCCAUGGAGACAGAGUGACCUCGCAAAGCUUCAUCCCGUGUUAACAUGCAACGUUACAUGUACAACGAGUUAUCUGGAGCCCCCAGGAGAUGCAAGCCGAUUCUCUGCUCAAAGAAGUCACUCGCACCAUGGAUUUAAGGAAUGGGAGACCUAUGACGUAAAUGUAAAACCUGUUGAAGCUACAUCCGAGGAUCAGCAACAUGUGAAGACCUCUCUACAGAUAGAAGAUUUAUUUAUUGCUGUAAAAACUACCAAAAAAUAUCACAAGAGACGUUUAAACCUGAUCAUGCAGACCUGGAUCUCCCAAAUAAAGGAGCAGACCUUUAUUUUUACGGAUUGGGAAGACCAAACGCUGCGUCAGAAAGCAGGCGAUCAGAUGGUGAACACAAACUGUUCUGCAGUGCACACUCGCCAGGCGCUCUGUUGCAAGAUGGCCGUAGAAUACGACAAAUUUGUUCUGUCCGGUAAAAAGUGGUUCUGCCACGUGGAUGAUGACAAUUAUGUUAAUGUGUACGCACUGCUGGACCUGCUGUCUUCAUUCUCACACAGUACAGAUGUUUAUGUAGGAAGGCCGAGUCUGGAUCACCCUGUUGAAACCCUGGAUCGUGUGAAAGGAGAUGGCUCGGUGUCCCUGAAAUUCUGGUUCGCCACCGGAGGUGCUGGCUUCUGCAUCAGCCGAGGUCUUGCGUUGAAGAUGAGCCCCUGGGCCAGCAUGGGAAACUUUAUCAGCACUGCGGAGAAGGUACGUCUUCCUGAUGAUUGCACUAUAGGGUAUAUUAUCGAAGGAUUGCUGGAGGUAAAAAUGCAGCACAGUAACCUGUUUCACUCCCACCUGGAGAACCUUGAGAAACUGUCCCCCGACACAGUGUUACAGCAGGUUACACUGAGCUAUGGUGGUCCAGAAAAUAAGAGGAAUGUUGUGAAGAUCACUGGACCUUUCAGUCUGGAAGAUGAUCCAAGUCGAUUUAAGUCUUUGCAUUGCCUCUUGCACCCAGACACGACUUGGUGCCCUAAACAGAAGCCUACGUCUCCUAUAACGUGAACACUAAUCCACAUCAAAUCUCGCUAAUGGAGACCAGGACUGAUUUUGAGAAUGCGCAGGAUUUUCUCUAGAAGGUCAAUGAAACUGAGUUUUCAGUUCAUCAGUAUACUAGACAUCAGCGUAGGUCAUCUGAUGGAAUAAAGAUCUUAUUUAUCUGCAAUACACCAGUACUGCACUGCUCGGACUUAGAAAAUCAUGUGGCCCAAGUACUUGUCAAGAAAAUCAUGUGUCCAAGAAUCAGUCCAGAAGAGAAUUCAGUAAUGGGAUAAAAAUAAGGUACAUAUAGUAUUAAUAUGUGUCCAUUGGAAAGAACAGACCCUCCACUACAUCAUCUCUGCCUUCUUUGUCAAUGGAUAGGGCACUUCUUAGCUCCGGGUCAUUAGAGGGCCUUUUCUCAGGUACUGUGCACAAGGUGGUUCCUGUUACAGUUACAUUUCUGGUCGCUGUUGGGUGUAAACCUGAAGGAGCUUUAAGACAUGACUACAUGUUAUUCUGUGAGUUCAUAUCUCCAUGUUAUGUAUGCCAGACAUGCCUUUUCCUUGUACCUUCAUUCUUUUGGCAUAUUUAUGUGUGUCUUUGUAUGUUAAAUCACAAUCUUCUUUGCUGCCUCUGAAUGUGUUUGUUCUAGGCCAUUGAUGUGAUCUUUUUAUGUAAAUGAGACUUGUUCAAAAUGUUUCACUUUGCACACUUUCCAAGAUAAUCCUCUUUGUAUAAAUUUAAAUAAAGCUCUUUUUAUUCUGUCA